GCACAUUGGACCUGCCCACAUUCAACAGAGUGCUGCAAGGGAAGUUCAAGGACACGGCUAACAUCGCGGCGAAGAAAGCGGCGAGGGCUUAUGCCAAGACCUUCAUCAAGACAUGGCUGAACGAGCAGGACGGACCGUGCGUCGAUGCCAUCGACUCGAUGAUUGGCGUGAUGCAACGACUCAGCCACUGCUAUGAGCAAUUGACUGCCGUGAAGAAUCCGAUCUGCGAAGCGAAGACCCACUACGUGAAUGUUCGCGACAGCCUGAACACCAUCCACACGACAUCUGGGAGCAUUAAGAAUUUGGCCGACAAGUUCGCCAGCUUUCCGAAAGUCGGCGACUUUGCAAAAAGCGUUUCGAGCACCUUCAAGACAAUUCAAGAUCGCACUAAAGACCCGCUCAAGAAGGUCAAG